AUGGCGGAUGCAGUUAUUGGUGCCACUAUACAAGUUCUGCUGGAGAAGGCAAUAUCUCUUGCUACUGAUAGGAUUUCUUUGGUGUUUGGAUUCGAGAAGGAAUUGGAAGUCUUGCGAGAAUCUGCUCGAAUGGUCCAAGCUGUUUUGGCCGAUGCUGAUGAUAAGCAAACUGAAAGCGAAAUGUGCAUUUUUGGAGUGUUGAGUUCUAAGAUCAGUGAGGUCAAUGAGAAUCUGGAAAGCUGCAAUCUGAAAGCCACAGAGAUUGAGUUGAUCAGAACUUGUUUGCACCCUGAACCUGCUUCUACUUCUUCUGUAGCUCCUUGUAGCAAUAGUACUGAAAAACUCAAAAGAAGUCGAGAAAGCAACUCUAUUGCUCCAGAGUUUGUUGUCGGAAGAUCUGAAGAAAAAACUGACAUUGUGGCUACUCUGCUAAGAUCCUCUAGAUUGAUUUUAGGGUCACUAAGGGGAGAUGUAGGUUAA